AUGAGCAGAAGAGCGUUACCCCCAACACCAUUUCCGCGCAACUUCUAUAAGGAACCCGAACCAGCUCGCGAAAGAGAUACAAAAUUUAGAAUUCUACUAUCUGGGGUGUUGUCCGCUUAUAACCAUCAUAGACGACUCACCCUUAACAAUCUCACGCGCGAGCAGUGGCAGGGUUUCACAGUAAUCCGCGAAAUGACUACAAGAGGGAACAUGCGCCUUUCAGUAAGCGAUAAGGGUGGGGAAUUCGUAGUCAUGUCACAGGCUCUUGAUCGGGAAAUAACAAACCUUCACUUGCAAGAUGAAACGAUCUAUCGCCGCGUAACAGAGAAAGAAUUCCUUGUGCAGUGCAAACGCUUGAAUCAUGUAUGGAUGUCUAUGGGAAAAUCUGCCGGUCUAGAUGAACGAUUUGUAAGCCGCCUAUAG